ACGGAGAUUCAAGGCCCAUGGCACUACCUCCUGCGGGGCCACAGGGCAGUUGAGUGGAGCUGCCCGGGCCUGGAGCCUGGGACAGGAGACGAGGCCGAAGUGGGGCAACCAAGGGGCCUGCCUGUCUUGCUCACGUCUCCCUCCGCCUUCUCUGUCCCAGCUGAGCCCACAGUGACCGUGUAUCCUGCAAAGACCCAGCGCCUGCAGCACCACACCCUCCUGGUCUGCUCCGUCAACGGCUUCUAUCCGGGCCACAUUGAGGUCCGCUGGCUGCGCAACGGCCAGGAAGAGGAGGCCGGGGUGGUGUCCACGGGCCUGAUCCGGAACAGGGACUGGACCUUCCAGACCCUGGUGAUGCUGGAGACAGUUCCCCGGAGCGGGGAGGGCUACACCUGCCAAGUGCGGCACCCCAGCAGCACCAGACCUGUCACCAUGGAAUGGACACAGGCCACAGGGGAGCCCAGUGAUCGCUUCUGUGGACACCCAUAG